AUGGCUGAAGGGGGAGUUGCUAAUGAUAAGUUUGACUACAAAAACAUAUAUCCACAUAGCAGAAAUGAUUUUGGUUCGUUUAAUUGGAGUUGGUUGAGAGGACCCUAUCUUACUGAAUAUUCAGCGGUGUGCAGUGACUAUAACAAAAGAAUAGAAGCUUCUAAUUUCACAGACUUUCAUAAAUCAUGCCACGUACUAUGUUUUUAUUUAAAGCAUAUAAAUGAUAAAAAAAGAGAUCAUUCAGACUUUAAUGCAGGAGGAAGUUGUAAAUAUUUCUUUUACAGACUAAGAGAUUUAAUGUAUAAAUAUGGUGGUUCGUGCAAAACAACGAAGAGUUGUUAUGAACAAUUGAGAAUAAAAAAUCUCAAAACAAAAAGAAUAGAUGUUCCUAUUAUAUGUGAAAAGUAUGUAAAGGACAUUGAAGAUAUCAGUCAUGAUACAUUUAAUAAAAUGAUGGAUCUGGAUAAACUAUAUGGUCAUUUGGAAGUAUUAAAAAGUCUUAGCAAUGCAUCUAAUAAUAAUACAUGCCAACGAGCAAAGGUUUCUAUUGGAAUAUGUGAUGAAGUUUUAGAAGGAUUAAAAAAUGAUCAAAACCUGAGCAUUCGUGAGGUAUUAGAAGAAUUUAAACGUGAUUAUGAUACACAUAAGAAAAGAUUCAGUGGAUGCUAUAAUCGCCCUAAAUCUACGGCUACCCCCAAGAGAACAAUGGAAGUGACAGAGACACAAAUAACAGUAGAAGCACUGCGUGAGACUGGGGCAGAGAAACAAGUAACAGCAGAAGCACCGCAUGAGAUUGAAGAAGAGACACAGAUAGGCGCAGAGAUACAGGCGCAGAUAGGAGAGGAGCGAGAAACUGGGAUAGGCACAGGAAUGUUUGUCUCAUCUUUUGCGUCAUUAAUAAUUAUGUUCAUUUUGUAUAAGUACACUAAUUAUGGAUCAUAUUUAAUACGAGGUAUAAGGAAGUUAUGGAAACUAAGGAGAAAACAAAAUAAUGACCACUCCAACAUAAUAGACUCAUUUGAUAAGACAUAUAGAAAUUUAAAUAAUAAGAGGAAUGGAAUAGCUUAUAGUUCAAUGGAUUACGAAUAA